AAAUAGAUCAAAACCAAGUUUUGUUAAACAGUAACAGAGAGAGAUAAAUAAAACAAAUUUAAUUUAGUUGUUUUAAUAAUCUUCUCAAGCGUGUUGUAUACAAAUAUAUAUUAAGCUUAUUGGUGGAGAGGAAUGCUUGUAGAUUCCACUUCUCUUUUACCUUUUUUUUUUCUUUUUCUCCUCUCUUCUUCUAGCUCUCUGUAUUUGUUAUUGAAGAUGGAGAGCUACUACAAGUGUAGGUUUUGCUUAAAGAGCUUCGUCAAUGGAAGAGCUUUAGGUGGUCACAUGAGAUCUCACGUGCCGAGUUUUCAUAAGUUUAGCAUUCAAGAAGAGGAAGGGGAAAGGGCGAGUCAACUCAAUGAUGAGACAGAGUCAGAUGUUUCUUCGUCUUCUUCGAUGAUGGAUCAAAAGGUUGCUAAUGAAAGCGAGACCGAGUCGUCGUCGUCGAUGAAAAUUACACGAAAACGAUCCAAGCGAACUCGGAAACUGGAAACGUUCACGACCAAGAAGAGCAAGACGAGUCAACUCGGUUACAAGACCGAGCCUGAGUGCGAACCUCCUCACAGCUCAGCUUCUGAUACAACGAGAGAUAAAGAUCUCGCCUUUUGUCUCAUGCUGCUCUCAAGAGACAAAUGGAAGAACAGAACCAGUAGUAAGGAAGUAGUUGAAGAGAUCAGCACAGAAGGUCACAACAAAUGGAGCAAGAAAGGAAGAUUUACGUGCGAGACUUGUGGGAAAGUGUUUAAAUCCUAUCAGGCAUUAGGUGGGCACAGAGCAAGCCACAAGAAGAACAGAGUUUCGAACAAAACAGAGCAAAGAAGCGAAACAGAGUUUGAGAACGUGGUUGUUGUUGUUGCUGCUGCAGAGAAGAGGAUCCAUGAAUGUCCGAUAUGUCUUAGAGUCUUUGCAUCGGGACAAGCACUUGGAGGUCACAAGAGAUCUCAUGGAAUUGGGAACUUGUCUGUAGAUCAUCAUCAAGUACGAGUGGAGUCAGUGAAACAGAAGAGGAUGGUAGAUCUUAAUCUUCCUGCACCAACCCAUGAAGAAGAAGUCUCUAUUGUGUUUCAGUAAAUGCUGAAUAAAGGUAAACAGGCUUUGCGUGAUUCGGGUCGUUCAAAUUUUCGUAAAUUUUGAAUCUUUAAAAAAAAAACCAUUAUAAUAUUUUGGGGUGGAAGUUGAACUAGAAAAAAUGUUUAUUCAAAAUGCAAAGGAAGCCACUUUUACAUGUUCUAACGCCAAUUCUUUUUUCGUAUUGGCCUCACGUCGUGUUGCCUAGCCAUAUCAAUCAAAGAACAUUCAAAUAAGCGUCUACUUGCUUUAUAAACUUUUCAUGUAUAUGUUUAUGUUGUAUUAUAUAAUUUCGGGCGAGUUCUUACUACUACUCUGUUAUUGAAAACUACUAGUAAUACUAAUAAUAGAGUUAUACUUUUAUAA